CGUGCUGCCCUAGAACCCAAUUUCUCCUUCCCCGGGGCUGCUCCACACCCUCUCGUUGCUCAACGCAUCGCGUACCUACCCUCUAAUCAGCAUCGUAUAGUCAUCGAGGUUUUCCCCCUCUCCACCUUCCUCGAAGCCAGGGAGAGAGAGACAUCUUGGAGAGCCAUGAAGGAAUUCCAGGUGAACGGGAGCACUCUCUCCCUCGCCCUCUUCACCGACGUCACAAACAGCAAGGAGCUUCUUGAGUCUAUGCAGGCUGGAAAGCUACAACCAGAAGUAGCACUUCUCAAUGCAUCACUAAUACCUGAUAUCUUCCCUGUUCUAGCAGCAGCGCAUAAGGCACUUCUUGCCAAAUCAAGGGGAUCACUGACAACGCAUACUCUUCAUUCAGAACUAGUUUAUUGUUAUUCUGGAUCUAAGCAUAUAACAGAGUCCUUGAAGAGGUGUGGAAUUUCUCAUGAUACAAGCUACAUUCUUGCAGCUCGUUUUGGUGCUUCUCAUGACGAGAUGAAGGAUAUUGAAAAGCUAAUAUGUGGGAAAGUGAUUGAUUUGGAAGCAUUGGGAAGUAGAGCUAACCAUGCACAGAUCCAAAAGCAUUAUAAAAUAUCUCCACAGGAAUUAGCAAUAUCUUCUCUGGCUGAUGCAAUCACCUGCAGGAUUGCAGCUCGAGAUGCCCUAUGAGGAAUUUCGAGAUCUACAUAUAACCGGUGCUAUCUAUGAAUUACUUCUGGAAAUUAGUAUGGAUCAUUUGCAUUCUGUGCCCAGAUUAUGACCGAUCUCUUUUGUUUGAUACAUGAGCAUGAAAUUGAAUAUCUGCAAAAUCUGAAACCCUUGGACAUGACACCAAUGCAUGAAAAAUUUUCAAUA